UCUUUUUGCUCGACUUGUCUCUCAAUUGUUUCUGCUUUUGUAAGAAACUCUGAAUCAACUUCAUCUAGGCACCAAUCCUCAGAACCUUUACACAACAACCCACCUACUCUCCCCAUCCCAAGUUACCAAUCCAACCUUCCUUCUCUUCGACAUGUCUUUCUCCAACGCAGACACCGGCAACAAGGCCGCCGACCCGUACAAAGAGAAGAACAGUGAGGUCGCAUCUCUCAAGGACAAGGUCGAGGACCUGGUCGCCUUCAUCGACAAGAGCAAGUUCUGCAUGAUGACUACGAGAAUAGAGAGCAGUGGCCUUCUUGCCUCGCGCUGCAUGGCCCUCGCUGCGAAGGAAGGCAACGGCGUCGAUCUAAUCUUCCACUCCAACACUGAAUCCGGCAAAACCGACGACCUCGCUUCUGACUCCGACAUCAACCUCGGUUUUCUCAACUCUUCAGGCGAAUGGGCCUCUCUCAGCGGCAAAGCGAGCAUCAGUACCGACCGCGCCGACGUCGAGAAGUACUACUCUCCAGCGCUGAAGGCCUGGAUCGGAGACCUGGGAGACGGCGUCCACGAUGGUGGUCCUUCGGACCCGCGUAUCUGCCUCAUCCGCGUCAAGACGGUGACUGCUCAGUAUGCGAUCAGCAAGCGCACGGUGAUUGGUGGACUUGUGGAGCUGGCGAAGGGUGUGGCGACGGGAGAGGCGCCCGGCGUGAACAGGUUGAGGUACUUGGAUGAGGCGGAGAUUGCACAGUGGCGCUCUACUGCACUGUAGGUCUAUUCAGGACUUGGUUAGCUUGUAGCAAUGAGGUCUUCGAGAUUGAAACAUCACGCGGUCUAGGGUGUCAUGUUAAUCACUGACGAAA